UUCCAAGAGAGUUACCGCCGGAGAGAGUGGCAAGAGCCCGCGGUCACCUUGGAGACGUGCUGACCAAUGGCAGCAGCGAAAGCUGUUUAUGGGGGCGGGGCGUCGCCAUGGCAGCAGGAGAAGCCUUUGGAGCGGCUACUUAAUGCGGGUCCCGGGCCCCGGGCGCUCAGAGAGGCGCCUUCAGGCUGUGGGGACGACGAGGGGUGCUGGCGGGGCCCUCAAGCUGAGGGCAGAGAGCCGCGGGGGUGGUGGUAACUUCUUCCAGAACCUUCCUUUAGCCCGGGCUGCGCUCUGAGCCAGGCCCCACGUUCGCAUUCGGAGGAGGCGACCCCCAGGUCUGGGGAUGGAAGCGCGCGUCCGGGAGGCGGUGUAACUGGAGCCGCGGGAGUCAGCGGGCCGGAGAGCGCGGCGGGCCACCGGGGCUCAGCCGUGGGUGCUGACCGCCCCUUCGGAGAGUCCCCGCAGACAUGGCGGAGAGCUGGCUGCGCCUCUCGGGCGCAGGGGCGGCGGAGGAGGCGGGGCCGGAGGGCGGCCUGGAGGAGCCCCACGCCCUGUCGUGCACGUCCGGGAGCUCGCCCUCGGGGCUGCAGGCUCCGCCCCACGACGACGUGGACUACACCACCAACCCGAGCGUGAAGCCGCCCUACUCGUACGCCACGCUCAUCUGCAUGGCCAUGCAGGCCAGCAAGGCCACCAAGAUCACCCUGUCGGCCAUCUACAAGUGGAUCACAGACAACUUCUGCUACUUCCGGCACGCUGAUCCCACCUGGCAGAAUUCCAUCCGCCACAACCUGUCCCUGAACAAGUGCUUCAUCAAAGUGCCGCGCGAGAAGGACGAGCCGGGCAAGGGCGGCUUCUGGCGCAUCGACCCCCAGUACGCCGAGCGCCUGCUGAGCGGCGCCUUCAAGAAGCGGCGGCUGACCCCGGGCGAGCUGGAGCCCCUCAAAGGCAACUUUGACUGGGAGGCGGUCUUCCACUCGGGCGCCCUGGGGGGGGAGCUGGGCGCGCUGGAGGCCCUGGAGCUGAGCCCCCCGCUGAGCCCCGCCUCGCACGGGGACGUGGACCUCACUGUCCACGGCCACCACAUCGACUGCCCCGCCACGUGGGGGCCCUCGGUGGAGCAGGCUGCCGACAGCCUGGACUUCGACGAGACCUUCCUGGCCACGUCCUUCCUGCAGCACCCCUGGGACGAGAGCGGCAGCGGCUGCCUGCCCCCCGAGCCCCUCUUCGAGGCCGGGGACGCCACCCUCGCCGCCGACCUGCAAGACUGGGCCAGUGUGGGCGCCUUCUUGUAAGAGGCCGGGCCCCGCCCCCACCUGCGGACAGCACCCAAGUCAGGGCCCAGACUGCCCCCCAACACAGGCCCAUGGAACCCCACUGCCCAGACAGGGGCUGGGCCACGCCUCCCGAGCUGGCACCACGGGGCCACACAUCCCCCAGCCUGGGCUGCCCUCGGAUUCCAGCCCCGGAGGCUGAGAACUGGGGCUCAGGACCAGUGACUCGCUGCCUCCCCUCCCGGCCCCUAUACACAGUGUUUCAUUGACCCUCAGCUGCCCUGCCCCAGGGACCAGCUAAUAGCCCUGCGCCGUGAGCACUGCGGCCUGAGGGGCCCUGGUCGUGCUGGGGCCGGGGAGCCAGAGGACAGGGCCCACCUGGGCACUUUGGCUUCAAAAGGUUCUCCUU